CUCUAUCAGAAAUAGAACGGUCUUCUAUUUUAGCCCUUUGCUAUGCAGACGCUCGUUGGCAGCCCAAGCAGUGUGGGUGCAAUAAUUGAAUAAUAUAGACUUAGUCGUGGUAAUGCUUUAAAUCCAUCACUGCAAAUGACUGACAAUUUCGACAUCGAAUACAUGUGGAUCACAUUUUAGGGUUGCGAUAUGAUUCUGUGGAAGGCUUGGCAACAGAGUGCACGUGUUGCAGCAAGCCCAGACACAACUGGAGGUCUGCUUUAUGGAGCGGGCACACCAUAAAUAAGCCUGUAGACUAUAGCAAUAGGUUAAGGCUACAAUAUCCUUUCAUAGUGUUUAUAUCAGUACAACAACAUAUGUCUAUCAGAUAGUGGACAUUUACUUGAGGGCAUCGGGCCUACCUUUUCUGGAGACACAGGAUAAUCAAGUUUCAGUUAUGACAUCACUUGUUUACAAUAUUAGUCAAUAUACCUACUAUGUCAAAAAGUGCGGGCAAAGAAAAUGGGUUACAGGAAGCCCCAGAAAGGACAUUCCCUGUAUUCUUCAGAGGAAAACUGGGGGAGAAGCUCCAUCAGGAGACCCCAGGGUUCGACCUGUUGGACCCCAACAUGAGAGUCAUAGAUGUUAAUUAUAACUGCCUCCACGACAAACACCUGAAGAGUUUUUUCCGCCAUCCGGAAAGGAAGAAGCGGCUGGUGAAGCAAGGCCUCAUCACCUCAAAUGAGAAGGUGCUGUGUUCGUGUAAAGAGUACAAUCGCUACAGUAGCUACAUCAAGUCAGUUCAGUUGCUGUGGGAGAAGCAGUGCUGUGCAGAGCAGAAAAUGCUUUUGAAGCAGUUCCUAGUCUUGCAGCAGCAAGGGGAGGUUCCGUCCCACAUCUCACUGACGGAUAUUAGAGAUUGGCUCAUUGCCAAGGGUAGAAACUACUUCAAGAACACGUUUCAGAGUGAAAUGGAAGAGGGGAAGAACCUUCACUUGGCCGAACUGGCUUGGGAUGUGAAACGACGCCUCAGGCUUAAGGAGCUGGAAAGAGAAGUGUGCAGGGAGCUGCGCCUGGAGCGCCAAAUCCGCUGGUCGGUGAUUGGACAGCCUGGUAGCCAGAUGGGAGAUUGGAGACCCCUGGGCAUGGAGACACACACACCUCUGGGAAAGGACUCUCCCUUCAGACACUCCACCUCCUCGAUGGACACUCUUUCCAGUCAGAUCUCGACUGAGAACCUCGAGGUUGCUAGGCUACAUAUUGCCAGACCACAUAUUGCCAGACCACAAACUACCAGACCACGUUCUGCCAGACCGCCAACUGAAAGACCUAGCAGUGACUCUGAUCACUCUGGAACCUUGUCUUCUGUGAUGACCUGCUCACCACAUUCAGCUAGCCCGUCAGUGAUUACUGUUAGGGACUUGCUGCUCAUGAUUGGGCACAUAACGAGCUCAGUAUUGGAGGAGGUAAAUAGCAUCCUGAUCCCUGCCUUGGUUGACCUUAUCAGGCUGACAGCUUCAGAAAGUGCUGCAGAGAAUAUGCUCCCCAUCAGCAAAGACACCAACGAAGAUUCAACCCAGGGCUCUGUCAACUGUACCUCCCUACUCUCCAAAGUCAAUGUCAUCUGUCUCACUCAGAGUCCUGACAGUAGGUCCUCCCCAAUCUCCAUUGAUGAACCAGUCAUUGCUGUCCAGACUUAUUGUAGCAGAAGUUCUCUGUCCACUGAGGAACGAGCACACUCUUUCUCCAGUCAGAUCUCUACUAAGAACCUCCUGGCUGCUAGGCCACGUUCUGCCAAUCCACCAUCUGCUAAACUACCAUCUGAUAAACCACAAUCUGCUAAACCACCACCUGCUAAACCACAAUCUGCUAAACCACCACCUGCUAAACGACAAUCUGCUAAACCAACGCCUGCUAAACCAACACCUGCUAAACCACCACCUGCUAAACCACAUUCUGCUAAAUCACAUUUUGCUAAACCACCUACUGCCACGGACUACUCUGGAACCUUAUCUGCUCUGGUAGGUCGUGGGCAUGGCAUCCCUGUCAAACUGACCUUGGCCCCUUUCUCCUCCUUUAUCUCCAGCGACGAGACCAACACCAACCUCUCCUCCAGCAGCCUCCCCUCCUCGUGCUCCAUCAAGCUUUCAGACAGUAGGAGUGACAUUCCUUGCUCCCUGACUGUAAGCUCCAUUUCAAAUGUUCCUGGACCUGACUCUAGCAGCAGCCCUGUGCGGGAGAAUCAAUUUGCUACUGAGGUCUCGUCGAUCUGCCUCAGCCAAGAUAGAAAUGGCCAAGGAGGGAGUGUGACACCUCCAGCCCCUUUGGAUGUUUCCCUCCCCUCCAUUAUUGAGCGGGCUGGCGGACUUGUAUGUUCUGUCAUCUCCCAGUCUUUAGCAAUUGUGGAGGCGCGGUCAAGUGUGAAUGGUGAGGAGGGCUCUCCAUCUCCCACCACAGUCUCCCAUUCUCCUACAAGGGUGUUUGUCAGCCACUUAAGGAGUAGCCCACUAGGUGAGGACCUUGUAAAUUCAACACUUGCGGAUGUUAUCUCUGUCCUGAAAAUGGAGGGAAUUCUUUCCUCCUCUCCGACUUUGGAGGAGGAGCUGCUUGAUCUCUCCUCCAGUUGUUCUUCGUCAUCAAGCGAAACACUGCAAUGUGUGUCUGUUGGCCCUCUUGGCAGUGGGUCGGAGACGUCCUUCAAACUUCUUGGGGGUCGUACUCUGAGUAUCGCCACCCCAACGGACCAUCUUACCACAGAGGACUUAGAAGACUACAGUGAUGAGAUCAUUGACGAAAUCCUUAUUAUAAUGAGGACCAAAAAAGAUGAUGACAGUGGAAGUGACGUCUCUGGUGCAUCAACACCAUGCAACACACCAGCACCACAGAGCCGGUCCUCUUCUGCACUGAGUGGAGUGCAUCCCCAUGACAGAAGGAUACUCAGCACAACACUGCUUGGAAUCCAGAACACACUAGACAGUGAGAACCUCUCAGGAGAGUGCUCCACCUCACCACAGGACAAUGCCAGAGUCCUGGAGAUGAUAAAGUUGCUGCAGAGGUGCCUUGAGGGGACACCCUCAGAGUCCUCCAUCCAUAUCACAGAUGUGGCUUCACCCUUGCGCUUUCCUCUCCCUGUAUCUCUCCAUGCUGUUCGGUCGUGUGUAUUUGCCACUGAAAAAGACCUGAAGGCAGAACGAGUGAAGGGAGUCUUUGAAAGCCUGAGAUCCCAGUUUAUGAGCUACUCCAUCAAGCCUGUGAGUAACGUCAUUACCAGGGCAACAACAAAGAUGGCUGCCUCCAAUCAGCUUAGUUCAGAGACCCUCCAGGCAGCAUCAGCAAAAUCAUCUGCUGUGGCUCAGAACCUUAUUAGUUUGGUUUUAUUUAAAGUUGCCAUGGUGUCCUGCUCUGAUGACUUAGAGGGUCUGGGUGAUCAUCUCAGAUGCCCCUCAACUUUGACCAGAGUUCUGACACCUUUGACCUCGGACAAAGCUACACUGACACCUGCUGUUCUGAAGAUCAGAAGGGAGAUGUCUAAGGAAGUGGCCACCGAACUCCAGAGUUUCUUGAUCAAGGAAUCCCUUACUGCCACCCAGACACCAUCCAAUGGACAUGUUUGCACUUCUGGUUCUGCCCCAAGGGAAGCUGUGCGGGACAUCCUGAGGAAAACCAAAGAGGAGGCUUCCAACAAAAGCUUGAAUAAUAUUUUCUCUGUUAAUUUGGAUGAGCGGCUCACAGACUCCAUUGCAGAUGCCUUAUAUCCAAAGCUGCAUGACAGAUUGGAGUCCAAGAGAGAGCUGCAGGCUUCUUAUUACAGCUCCCAGAUCAGCUGUAGCCUCAGCCCCUUCGAUGUUGAGAGCAGCCUUGAUCUCCAGGAGUUCACUGACCCACUAUCUGAGUCAGUAUUGUGUCUCCUGGAUAGGACAUUUGGAGAUAAAGCUCAGAACUUAAAGACAGCCUAUAAGAAGCUUUUGAUUGGAUCCCACACCAACGACGUCAAUGUGGUUGUGCACACGAUUGCAUUGGAGGAGUUGCCUGUUGAGGGUUGUAUUGCGCAAAGUGAGGCCAUUCAUGGCCUUCACAAGAAGCAAGAAUUACCUCCCAGCACCAGUGGCAGAGGGAAUGAGACCCAGAGCCCUACUAAUUGCCUACUGGAGGGUGUAGUGGGCAAACUGGUACGGAAGAUGCUAUUUCAGGGCCUUGACAUCCCUGAGGUACCCAUGAACUACAGCCGCUCUGAGAACUUUAAGCUACAGUAUGAACUGGUUGCAAAGCUUUGUCCUCUGAUGGUAAGGACAAUCACGGCUACAACCUUAGCCAAUCAACCACCUAGUCUUCAAGAAGCAGUGAUGUCUUCCGAGAACAUCCAUGUGAAAGAGCUGUGUGAGGCAGGUAUCAAACACCUCAAAGAGAACCAUGUACCUGAUGACUCUGAGACCAACAACAUGGUCAGAGGGGCUUUGAGUGAAAUUGAAUCCUGUAUGAUUGAGACCUCCGACAAGGACUCUCCCAGUCUACAUUCCACACCAGAGGUGGUUGUAGACCUGAUCACCAAGCUGCUUCAUGGGUAUGACCUUGACUCAGAGGACUUUGCAUCACCUGUGUCAUCCCCAACCACCACUCUCUCUGAUGUGGCAAUGGACAUGGUGGUUUCUGUCCUUCGGGACAUGUCCGAUUCCCCAGACGUUACCUCAGCAUUGGAAAUGACCAAGGAUCUCAAGACGCCGUACUCCCGCCCCUCAAGUGCAAGGAUUGUAAGUGCCCUCUGCAGAGAGCUGGAGGAGCACAUGGGCUCUCCUGAUGCUCUGAGGCGAGCUUUGAGCCGCGGCAGCGGGGAGAUGACAACAGCCAUUGCGAGUGCAGUCACCAGGGAAGUCAACCGUCUGGGUUCAAUCGUACCCAAAGUCUCUGUCAGGCCGCUCUCCUCAGACAUCUGCCUAAGGACAGACCAGGACAAGGUCAUGGUUAAGAGCCGAUGUGGCUCGGCUGAGGUGAAGGCAUCCCAACCGGUGCAUAUUAUUGUUCAUGUAGAGGCGGUGAUGGAUAUCAUUGUCCGGCUGCGGUCUCUGAUUGUUCCUCGGACACAGGAUAAACUGGCCAGCUGGACCCUAGUUGAGGAUGUGACCAACAAGCUGUCCAGUGCUCUGUGGGUGAGGGUGACUAACAGGUGGAGGGAAGCAAAUGUCUGCCUGAAGGCAACAGACAUCUUUCAGUUGGUGCUGUGUGUGCAUAGAAAGUUGAUGCAACGCUAUGGCACAGAGGAAGCUCUACAGAAGAUACUGUGCCACAAGGCACCCAAGCUGCACAAGGACAUUGUCUGUCUUGUCACGAACGGAAUUAUGGAUGCACCAUCCAAACUUCAAGACACCAAAAAUCUGGAAUCUACACUCAACUUGAAAGAAUUGACAGCCUUGUUUAAUGAAAUGACAACCCGUCAAUCUUUGAAUAAGAAAGCUGAGCAGAGCAGCAUCAAGAUUGAGAUUGGACAGCCGGACUGGUCCACUGUGGAACAAGUGACAUCCGGUUCCACCAGCUUCAUUAGGGAGCUCAUAUUAGAAGAAGUCCUGAUGAAGCUUGUCAAGAAAAUAUGCCUUAUGCCAAAAAGGACCAACAAGCGUCAGCGCAUCCAGAUCAGUGAUCUGGUGACUGAGCUGAUCCGAUUGUUCGACGAUGAGGUGGCCAAAUAUCUGAUUGAGGAAAUGGAAAGCCAGCAAAAAAGUUUCAAUUCUAAGAUGACAUCGAAGCUGGCAGAUGCCAUCUACACUGACCUUGGGAAGGUCAAGCGUUUGAAACGCUCCUUGAAAAUUGACGAUUUAUUUGAGGAUCAGGAGAUGCUUUCCAUUGUCUCUGUCAUUGUUUCCCACAAGCUACUGGCCAUCUUGAAACCCUCAGUUUCCAACUCAUAUGACCGUGAGACCUCAGACCUUGAAGACUCAUGCAGUAAUGAUGUGGAGGAUGCGGAAUCUGAGGGGGUGCAUUAUGCCACCGGCAGAAAGUCCAACAUGAGCAUCGUCCUUACAGACACUUCAAUCCAGCCAGAGAUUGUACAUUGUAUUGCUGUGGAUUCUCCACCUAUGAUUAAAUUAUCCAAGAUGAGGAAAGGCAUCCGGGACUUCUUCUGGGGAGUCCAGAAGGCCUGGAAACGCUUGGUCACCUGCAAGUCCUCUGGGUCCUCUGAUGGGUAGCCUGGAUGACGUGCAGCCCGUGUCAGUUGCUUUUGCCAGGCUACAUCUGAGGAGGACACCACAACUGGCCUCAAUACAACAUUUUUAUUUUUGUUGUUCAUUUCUGUUUUCAUUUUGAAUCCCCUAAUGCUGCUAUAUUUGAACCAGGCUGUCAGUGGACUAGCUUACCAUUAGUUUAUACUCCUUAAGGAAGAUCCACUAUAGGCUACUCAACACCAAAAUUCCACCUGGGUCUUUUGAUCCCUUAUUAGCUCCCACUCCUGUAACUAGGAAUGUGAGCUUCUAAAUGUCAUUCAGACAUCUACAGCUUCUCCUGUGAUUAGGAAGAUAAGCUAAGAAGCCCAACCAAUUGACUAGAUGUGCUGUACAUCUGAUGCCCUCUCCCUAUUGUAAUCAUUGAUCCACGUCCAUUGCAGCCUCUAAAUUUGAUGUAGAUUUUUAGCCGAAAUCAAAAAAUUACAAGGAGGGAAGGCUGACAGCAGCUUCUACUCUUACGAUUAGGAAAGUGGUGCUAAACUUUUUAGGCUUUGAGGAACUAUGUAUUUUAUUUUUCAAUCACUUACAUACUUUUUAAUGGUUGUUUUAAUAAAGCAUUUGUAUUGCA